UUCCUCUUUCUCUCUCUCUCUCUAAAAAAAAGCAAACCCACGCUUCUCCGUCCGUCCCCGCUUUCCCCCGUUCGACAAUUCCCCUUCGCGAGAGUUUCUCUUCUGCGCCAAAUCUCUCCCCCCCCCCCCCCGCUUCCCCUCGCGAGAUCCUGCUCGGAGCGGAGGCGGAGCUGACGCGAUGCCGCCGAGGAGGCGUCGGCGAGCGCCCCCCGCCAAGCCGCGGCCGCAGCCGCAGCCGCAGCCACAGCCACAGCCGCCGGAGCCUCCGGGCUCCGACGCGCCGUUGGGGGAGCGGCUGGCAUGGGUUAGCAACCAAGAAAGUGAACGUCGGAUUACUGCCAUAAAAGCUAUUGAAGAAGCAGAGGAUGAGAGCAUACAUUCUCGGUUGCAAUUGUUGCAGUCCUACUUUUCGAAGGAGCAACUAGAGGCAAAUGCCUUGGAAUAUUUCCGGGAGAACUUUCCCAACUUAUCAGUUGUCCAUAAUGAAAAAUAUGAUGAGGUUGAGCUGAAAUGGAAUGACGGCGACAAAUGCAUAAUUGGAGACAUUUUAGAUGACAAGAUUUUGCAAGCUUCGAUUGCAUCAUUGCCAACUGUUGGUGGCCUUCAAUUCCCUGGGGAUUCAGUUGGGAAGGACUUCUACAGGCGCACUAGUUUUGGUCUUAGUGAUUUUGCUUGGAGUGAGCUGCCUGCAGGCCAAAUGGCAGGAGCAGCAGAUGCUUUUCAGACACCUGGGGCUGCGAGUAACCGACUCUCCUUUGGCAUGACACCUAAAACUGUAAGGUUACCCAAGAAUGGUGAGAUGCUCUUAUCUGUGCACGGCUCACCUCUUGGGGUGUACAAAGAAGAAAAUUUAGCAGCUAUUCAGGAAUCCGGUAACAGAAGUGAAGAUGUUCCCUGCUAGCACACUAGAUAUUACUAGUAACAGAGGUUGAUCAGUAUUUACAUUGCAGGAUGUUACCGGCCCUUGAGUCCUUGUCAAAAACUAUUAGCGUUGCUAAGCAGGACUUUGACAUUUGCACUCUGUUAAGUGUUAACUAAUGCCGGUGUACUGCCAACUGGUGGCUAGUCAACGAUAUGGCACCCAUAUCUUAUGUACUGUCGCUGACAACAACUGUUCAAGUAUCCUAAUCUCUUGGCUUGGUUUCGAAGCCUUAAGUAUGUAUUGGAUAACCAAUGGCAGGACCUGAUGUGAGAUUCAAUCCUUUGUUCAAUGUAUUUCUUCUUUCUUCUUUUUUGAACCAGGGGAAGUUCUCAUUUCUGUAAGAAACAGAGCUGACAGUCUUUUACAUGUAGAAGAUAAACUGGGAAAGAACCUCAUUUGUUCAGUGUAUUGGCACUUCAGUUCUCAAUGUACCCUGACUUCAAUGUAUUUAGGUCAGCCGUUAUGUUAUUGA